AUGGCUGCUCUCUCUGCCUUGCUGAAGACCUGGGUAAUACUGCAGACCCUGUGCCUGGCUCUGGCUCAAGUGAGGGGUCCACCUGGACCUCAGGGCCAGCCCGGCCCACCAGGCCCUUCUGGCACUCCUGGGUCAGACGGCAUUGAUGGAGACAAAGGACCUCCUGGGCCCCCUGGACCACCAGGACAAAAGGGAGAACCAGGAGAACCAGGUCCCGAUGGAGCACCAGGAGAGAAUGGCAUUGAUGGUUUGAUCGGAGCAAAGGGUGAUCGAGGUGCUAUUGGGAGCGCAGGUCCUAAGGGUCAACCUGGACCAACUGGCGAACCUGGACCUCCUGGACCUGGCCUUCCAGGACUGGCUGGCACUCCAGGGCCAGUUGGUCUUCCAGGUGAAAUUGGACCACCUGGACCAAAGGGUGUCAUGGGAUCAUCUGGACCUCCAGGACUUCCUGGACCUCCUGGCAAGCCAGGUCCUCCAGGGAAGUUCAUUGGUGGAGAAGAGGGCAGUGCUGAGUUCCAGUGUCCUCUUAACUGUCCAGCAGGACCCAAAGGCCCCCAGGGACUGCAGGGAGUCAAGGGACACAAAGGACGUGCUGGGAUUCUUGGAGAGCCUGGUAGCAUAGGAAAAACGGGUACCAAGGGAGAAAUCGGCAUCUCUGGAGAACAGGGCAUUCCAGGACCUCCGGGUCCAAUGGGUCUGAGAGGUUACCCAGGAAUGAUGGGUCCUAAAGGGGAAGCUGGGCCUCGUGGUUACAAGGGCAUCAACGGACCUGUAGGAAUUCCUGGGCCUCCUGGUGAGGAGGGACCUCAGGGACCACCUGGAGAGGCAGGAGAAAAGGGAGACAAAGGCAGCCGAGGUAUCCAGGGCCCACAAGGUGCAGUGGGUAAAAAGGGAGAGAAUGGUCUGCCGGGUAUUGAUGGAAAAGAUGGCACACCUGGUAUUCCUGGAAUCAAGGGCAGCCCUGGCCAGGCUGGGAUGCCUGGUCCUCCUGGUCCUCAGGGAGCAGCGGGAUUGCCUGGCAGCCCAGGGUCAAAAGGUGGACCUGGGGCUAAGGGCGAACCUGGACCUCGGGGUCACACCGGCAUGCCUGGUGCUCCCGGACCUCUGGGUGAGCCUGGUCUUCCUGGUGAGGCUGGUAUGGAAGGAGUCCCUGGACCCAAGGGUGACCGAGGCCAGCGGGGAGAAGUUGGGCCACAGGGAGUCGUCGGCAAGUCUGGAAACAAAGGAGAAAGAGGACCAAUCGGUAUUCCAGGUGCCCAGGGUCUUAGUGGAACCAAAGGAGACAAGGGCUUCCAAGGAAAAGUCGGGUCAAAGGGAGAUGAUGGUGACCCUGGUGUUGAGGGAUUGGCUGGCGAGAAAGGUGAAAAGGGUUUGUCUGGUGAACCUGGACCCAAAGGACAGCAAGGAAUCAGGGGUGACCCUGGACACAAUGGACCCACUGGAGACCCUGGUAAACCUGGAGACCAGGGACCGCCAGGACUGCCCGGUCCUAGGGGACUCAAUGGAGAGCGAGGCGUACCUGGCAUGCCAGGCAUUCAGGGACCAGCAGGACGCGAUGCAUCUGACCAGCAUAUUAUUGAAGUGGUGUUGAAGAUGUUGCAGGAGAGGCUAGCUGCAGUGGCGGUGAGUGCCAAGAGGGCUGUGCUUGGUGGAGCAGGGGUAAUGGGACCUCCCGGACCCCCUGGGCCUCCAGGGGCACCUGGCCCUCAGGGUCCACAUGGCUUAACUGGUGCCCGGGGCAUUCCUGGCAUGAUUGGAGCACCUGGACAGAUUGGAAACACAGGACUUAAAGGAAAGAGAGGGCCAAAGGGAGAAAGAGGAGAUCCUGGUAAACCUCAUCCAGGACCACCAGGACCCCCAGGAAUUCAAGGUCCUCCUGGUGUUGAUGGUGUGGCUCGGGACGGUAGGCAUGGCGAGAGAGGUCCUCAGGGAUCAGCCGGAGAGGCCGGUCACCCCGGUAAGGCGGGUUCGCCAGGUCUCCCAGGUUUUUGCGAGACGGCAAUGUGUCUGGCUGCGUCAGCAUACACCUCCCCUAGACUGCAGGAGGCGGGAACAAUCAAAGGACCCAAUUUUUAG